AUGUACAUUUCCAGUACAUUACUGUUGGUGUGUAGCACUGGACAGAAGAUCCCGGGUAUGGAGUGUCCACCAGGCACGCCCCGCAUCAACUGUUUAGUUUACCCUUGUGCUUUAUAUCUAGAGUGCAAGGAGCGACCCCAAAACCCCUGUGAGAUUGCUAGAGAUGCCGUGGACCCUAACUUGAUUGGAACCUUCAUCCCCCAGUGUGUCAACCAGGGACAAUACACCCCUCAGCAGUGCUGGGGCUCUACAGGCUACUGUUGGUGUGUGACCAGCACUGGACAGAAGAUCGAUGGUACUGAGUGUCCACCAGGCACUGCCUGCAUCAACUGUGCAGAUGAACUCGUAGAUGAAAUUCGUUGGAAAGACGUUGAAAAGAUGGUAGAAAGUCGUUGGAACGAAGACUUUGAAAAGACGGUAGAAAGACGCUGAAAAGACGAUGGCAUCCUUAUCAUGUCUACAAAAUAAACGCUGAAGGAAUGUAGAAACACGUUUGAUGUUUUUAGUUUUGUUGCUAUGCUGUAAAAUCUAUCUGAAUCAGUCAAUUUUCUGGGAAAUGGAGGAAGGAGUAUCAAUCUUUUAAGCCAAUAACAUAUUUUGCAUACAACAGUACCAUCUUAUACAAGAAACCUUACAUGUAAGUAUGUUUAACUAUUUGAUUGUAACUUAGAAUCAUUACAGGAUCAUUACAUACGCACACAAGCGUAGG